AUGACAGUUAUUAAUAAAAGCCACCCUGAAGAAUUUAUUCUACUAGGCUUUACUGACCGUCCUUGGUUGGAGCUUCCUCUCUUUGUUAUUCUUCUGAUAACAUACCCAAUGGCUAUGAUGGGAAAUAUCACCAUCAUUCUGGUGUCCAAGUUAGACCCUCAGCUCCACAGCCCCAUGUAUUUCUUCCUCACCAACCUCUCCUUUUUGGACAUGUGUUAUACCACAAGCAUUGUCCCUCAGAUGCUGGUUAACCUGGGAAGCUCUAAGAAGACAAUCAGUUACAUGGGAUGUGCAUUUCAACUUUAUUUCUUCCACAUGAUGGGUGGCACAGAAUGUCUGCUCUUGGCUAUUAUGUCUUUGGAUCGUUAUGUGGCCAUCUGCAGACCUCUCCACUACACCCUCAUCAUGAAUCAGAGAACCUGCAUCUUACUAGUAUCCAUUAUGUGGCUGAGUGGAAUGACCUAUGCUGUCUCAGAGACCAGUGUUACAUUACAGUUGCCACUGUGUGGUCUCAACAAACUGGAUCACUUGCUGUGUGAGAUUCCUGUUUUGAUAAAGAUUGCUUGUGGGGAAAAGAGUGCUAAUGAGCUCACACUCUUUGUGGUGUGCAUUUUUAUGUUGGCUGUUCCACUCUGCUUAGUUCUUGCUUCCUAUGCUUGUAUUGGACAUACUGUGUUGAAGAUGAAGUCUUCUGAGGGAAGGAAAAAGGCCUUUGGGACGUGUUCUUCCCACCUCAUUGUAGUUUUCUUAUUUUAUGGCCCAGGCAUUAGCAUGUAUCUUCAGCCACCUUCUUCCAUCACAAGGGACCAGCCCAAGUUCAUGGCUCUCUUCUAUGGAGUGGUGACUCCUACACUCAAUCCCUUCAUCUACACCCUUAGGAAUAAGGAUGUGAAGGGGGCACUUGAUAGCCUGUUGAGAAAAAUUUUCAGUUCCAAAUGA